AUCGCAAUUGCUCCUCUCAUCCACGAUGCCUUCCACCGUGCUCGGAAAGAGAACUCGGAGCUCCACAGACUCGCCAGAUGCUGCUUCCAGAGUCACAACGCGGGCCAAACGCCAGGCUCAGUUCGUGAUCUUGGACGAUGGCGAGAACGAAAACCCUUUCAUCACGCCGAGGAACAAGAGGGUUGUCCGCCAUGGCGAUGCUAUGGAAUUGGACGAGCUGGCGGAGGAUGUCCUGCCGUCUGGAAAGCGCGUCCGAAAGGCCGGAUCCACGCCCGCGAAGCAUGGAGCCCCAGAAAGCCGGGUCGCUCUGUCUCCUGCCAAAAUCAACGCACACUUCAAGGCUUCUAAGCCCGUUGUUCGACAAGAUUCAAAAUCCGUUCAAGCCACACCUCAGACUCCUCGGCAUCGCGACGCGCUCUCGAAGAAGGUUCCCGUCACCCCUCGACAUCGGGUCCUCGUUGGUGGAAAGCCAUUGACUCCUCGCACUCCCCGGACGCCGAUCACUCCUCGUCAUAGUGUCCCUACGGUCUACAAUGUUGCUCGCCAGCUUUUCGCUCGAGGAUCCGCACCCCCAGCACUCUUCGGCCGGGAGACCGAGCGCAAGGAGCUGGAGAAAUUCGUGUCUACGCGAACCAAGGGCCACAAGUCUGGCUGCAUCUACGUUUCCGGGCCCCCAGGAACUGGAAAAAGCGCGUUCGUGGGCGAUGUGUGCCGCGGAUUGCAGUCUGAGAGCUCUGCGAAAACUGCAUACAUCAACUGCAUGAGCGUGAAGAAUGCCAGCGAUCUCUACCGAACCUUGCUUGAGCAGUUCGCCGACAUUAGUACUACCACCGAGGGCAAUGAAGUGGACGCGCUCCAUGAGAUCUUCACGAAGCGUGAUCGCUCAUACGUUGUUACGCUUGACGAGGUUGACCACCUUUUGGAUCUGGACCUUGAGCUUCUUUAUCGUCUAUUUGAAUGGUCUCUCCAACGCUCUUCCAGCCUCGUUCUCGUGGGGAUUGCCAAUGCUCUGGACUUCACAGAUCGCUUCCUCCCUCGCCUCAAAGCCCGUGGUCUCAAGCCUCAACUUCUGCCAUUUUUGCCGUAUACAGCUGCUCAGAUUGCGUCUGUAAUUAUAUCGAAGCUCAGAUCAGCCAUACCCACUGAUUCUACCGCUAACUCUACGGAUUUUGUGCCUUUCAUCCAUCCUAUGGCAAUUCGAUACCUCUCCAACAAGGUCGCGACGCAAUCAGGCGAUUUACGCAAGGCUUUCGACAUCUGCAAACGAGCUAUUGAUCUCGUCGAGGCAGAUACUCGGGACCAACACACCAAGUUAGCCAUCGAAAUCACCCCUUCCCCCACGCCAUCUCCUUCCAAGACACCACUUGUCGAGAACAUCAACCUCUCCUCUCCUCCGGCCGCUACGUUCACCCUCAAGACAUCUCGUCUGGAUAGCGUUGCAAUCUCAUUGUCUCAAAUCACGAUCGAAAAUGCUCCUCAAGCCACCAUCAACCACAUGACGCGUAUCACUUCUGCUGUGUUCAGCAACGGCGCCACCCAGAGGCUCCAGAACCUCAACCUCCAACAAAAAGCCGUCCUUUGCGCACUAGCGGCGCUUGAGAAGAAGAAGCGAAACGCGUUCUCAGAGAGCGUUCUUGCAACCCCUUCGAAGACUCACAGCACGGCUCCAACCAUCAAAGCAAUCUUCGAGGCCUAUACCAGCUUGUGUAAGCGAGAGGACAUUCUUCAUCCUCUCACAAAUACCGAGUUCCGUGACAUUGUCGGCAACUUGGAGACACUUUCGCUGAUCUCGUCCGUUGAGGGGAAGACAGGGUCGUUGGUCGUUAGUGCUGGUACUCCAAGUAAGAGGGGAAGGCCAAAGGGGGGUUUCGGUACCACCGUUGUAGAAGAGAGGAGGGUUGCGAGUACCGUCGCUAACAAAGAGCUGGAGGCUGCACUCGUCGGCCCAGGCAGCCGUAUCCUGAGAGGCAUUCUCGAUGGGGAGGAGUCUCUUUAGCGGUUCGUUUGUCUUAUUGCAUUGUUUAUGUAAAUCGUUUGGCAUAGCGUUUGUUCUUGGGCACUUCGGAGUUGGAUGCUUUCACUGUUGCAUAGCGUGGCGUUUUAGAUGUUGAGGCCUGGUGCCAUUAGACAUAGCAUGAGGCAGUGGGAUAGAGUCACUGUAACAACCAGUAGACUACUCUAGUUUAAUGAGAAUCCAUUAUCGU